CACACGUCAUCUCUUCGGGACGUUUUUUACUUAUUUUCGCUUCGACGGUCUAUAAAUAAGUGUUGCGGGUGGUUGUGAAUUUCAGUCUAAUAGCACCCGCACUCGGAUUCGGUUCGUGUAACGGCAGUUAAUCCUUACUACAAUGGACUCAGAUGACGAACAGAAAAUGGCGAUGCUCCGCAAAGCCUUCCAAAUGUUCGACACAACAAAGACUGGUUACAUUGAGGUCUUGAAGAUUUCAACCAUUUUGAACACAAUGGGUCAGCUUUUUGAUGACUCAGAACUUCAAGCCUUAAUUGAUGAAAAUGACCCUGACAACACUGGCAAAAUCAACUUCGAUGGAUUCUGCAACAUUGCAUCCCACUUCCUGGAAGAGGAGGACGCAGAAGCCAUGCAACAGGAGCUGAAAGAAGCCUUCAGAUUGUAUGACCGUGAAGGUAACGGUUACAUUACCACAUCAACACUGAAGGAGAUCUUAGCUGCGUUAGAUGACAAACUCAGCAGUUCGGAUCUUGAUGGCAUCAUUGCUGAGAUUGAUACAGACGGCUCGGGAACUGUAGACUUUGAUGAGUUCAUGGAGAUGAUGACUGGCGACUAAAUUAUACAAAUAGAGUAUCUAGUUAAGUUAUUAUUGUAAACUAAGUCUUGUAGUACAAACAUUAAAUGCGGUAUUAGCAUGCACUUUAUCACAUUCUCUAUCUUAUAGAUAGGCAAAUUCGUUUCUGAAUUAUUCUUGAAUAAUUUUUUAAAACGUUUACCUGCUAAUAUUUAUAACGCAUCAAGACAUUACAACUUUGUUACACCUUUUAACUCUGCAUAUAAAAAUGUUUUUUUACAUUUUUAAAUAAAUUAAUUUAUAUUGUU